UCAGGUAGUAAUAUGUCGAGAGCAUCGCUGGCUGACAUAGAACAAAGCCACUGGGGCGGUAGUACGUCUACUCCCUCUCCAGGUAUAGAAGGGAUGAUCUUUGGUAGAAUGCAGGCGCCCUCGCCUUCCCCAAGCUUCCGGACAGCCUCGCCAAUGGCAUACGACUUCCAAGGCCUCACGAAUCCGACGGCAACGGGUCGCUUGCGAGAGCUGGAGCAGCAGAACACAUUGUUGAUGCAGCAAAACUAUCGGCUAAAGCACAAAUGCAGACAAGCGUAUGACGCGCUACUCCGGCGUCUCCCACCCACGGGCCAGAGUCUCCCCAGCGCUCCUGAAAGUCAGCCUUACACUCCAACUCCAUCCACGGUAGCAGAAGCAGCACUGGCCGCAGUCCGCAACCCUCCUCCCUUCGUCAUGCUACUGCAAGAGAACUACCCGAAGGUACAAUUCUGGCACGCCCAGCUAUUUGGCCCGUAUCUUAAGGCGAAGGAGGACGCACUGAAGUUGAACAACAAAUCCGACCCAGACCUGCCAUACCACUUCCUCGAGACAGAGGAUGGACAGCCGGUCAACGAAGUGGACACGAAGAUGCGAGCGAAGAUGUGCGCGACCUUGUACACAAUUUGGCAUGGCUUGCUGGAAGUACCUGGACUUCUCCCGAAGACCCGGAGCUUCGGUUAUGCGACGGUCAUUACAAGGCACAUAAGCUGGCGACCAUGAUCUAUCCGGCAUUCGCCAGGACGCACAAGGCGCAGCACGAGAGCCAGUUCUUCAAGACGGAGGACAGCGCGGAGACGACAAGUACCGACGUGAAGGAGGAGAUCAACGCAGGAUCUGUCGUUGGGCAGCAGCGCUCGAAGCGCAGCGCGGGCGAAGAGCUGGUGAAGGGGGAAGGUCAGGUCAAGAAGUUGAAGACACCAGUGCGUUGUACGGUCAUUCGUCAGUCGUGAAUUGACUAACACAGACAGAUCGUGUCUGUGC